AGAAACUGACUUUCAGAGCUCUGUUCCCUUCAGCACCAUGCCAUACAACUGCUCUCUGCCCACCCUGAGCUGCCGCACCAGCUGCUCCUCCCGGCCCUGCGUGCCCCCCAGCUGCCAUGGCUGCACCCUGCCCGGAGCCUGCAACAUCCCCGCCAACGUGGGCAACUGUAACUGGUUCUGCGAGGGCUCCUUCAAUGGCAACGAGAAGGAGACCAUGCAGUUCCUGAACGACCGUCUGGCCAGCUACCUGGAGAAGGUGCGGCAGCUGGAGAGGGAGAAUGCAGAGCUGGAACAGCGCAUCCUGGAGCGGAGUCAGCAGCAGGAUCCCUUGGUGUGUCCCGCCUACCAGGCCUACUUCCGGACCAUUGAGGAGCUGCAGCAGAAGAUCCUGUGCAGCAAAUCUGAGAACGCCAGGCUGGUGGUGCAGAUUGACAAUGCCAAGCUCGCUGCGGAUGACUUCAGGACCAAGUAUCAGACUGAGCUGUCUCUGCGGCAGCUGGUGGAGUCAGACAUCAACGGCCUGCGCAGAAUCCUGGAUGAGCUGACUCUGUGCAAGUCUGACCUGGAGGCUCAGGUGGAGUCCCUGAAGGAGGAGCUGUUGUACCUUAAGCAGAACCAUGAGCAGGAAGUCAACACCCUGCGCUGCCAGCUUGGAGACCGUCUCAACGUGGAGGUGGACGCCGCUCCCACCGUGGACCUGAACCGUGUGCUCAAUGAGACCAGGUGUCAGUAUGAGGCCCUGGUGGAAACCAACCGCCGGGAAGUGGAGGAAUGGUUCACCACACAGACAGAGGAGCUGAACAAGCAGGUGGUGUCCAGUUCAGAGCAGCUGCAGUCCUACCAGGCAGAGAUCAUCGAGCUGAGACGCACAGUCAACGCCCUGGAGAUCGAGCUGCAGGCCCAGCACAACCUGAGAAACUCUCUGGAAAACACACUGACAGAGAGCGAGGCCCGCUACAGCUCCCAGCUGUCCCAGGUGCAGUGCCUGAUCACCAACGUGGAGUCCCAGCUGGGUGAGAUCCGGGCUGAUCUGGAGCGUCAGAACCAGGAGUACCAGGUGCUGCUGGACAUCCGGUCACGGCUGGAGUGUGAGAUCAACACAUACAGGGGCCUGCUGGAGAGCGAGGACCGCAAGCUGCCCUGCAAUCCCUGUGCCACCACCAACACCUGUGACAAGCCCAUUGGACCCUGUGUCCCAAAUCCUUGUGUGACACGCCCCCGAUAUGGGCCCUGCUAAAUACCCCAGAGCCAGCAGGAGGAUUGCAUGAAGAUAAAGAAGACCAUCGAUGAAUCAGCUCAAUCUUUCAGAAAGACCAUGGAUGAACAGUCUUUCGUAUGAAUCAUAGUCUGGAAGGAAAUCAAAUGCCCAGUGCUGUGUUUUGGCUUUGAGACCAGGCCCACUGGAACCUCUUCAUCUCCAGCCUCUCUCUGUCCAUCCUCUUGUGGUCUGAUGGUCUGAGAGAUCUGAGCUGUGAAGGGGCCACAUGAGGUGUUUUAUGCUCUCUCUGCUUCCUCUACCCUUUCUUGCACUUUCCCUGAGCCUCUUAAUAAAUUUUCCUCUUGCAAACA